AUGGCGAUUUUAGAUGAAAGCAGUUGCGAUUCAUCAAGCGAUAUCGCACAAUGUCAGUCCUAUCUAAACUUGCAAUCGGAUGUAAAAAGACGUCGAACUAAAAAAGAACAAGAGUACAUAAAAGAUGUAUGGAGCGUUGAACAAGUUUCGUUUACAUUCAAGAGCGUUUCUAAGCCUUCGCCUAUUAUAGACAAAAUUAUACGGAAUAAGAAAUUUGAUCAUGACGCGGCGCUUGAGAAUUUGAAAAUUGAAUUGGAAAAUUUGCGUGAUGUGUGCGAAGCAAAAAUUCAAGAAUUUAAAAAAAAUUUGGAAUUAAAAGUCAAUUCUAUUCAUCUGAGUAUCAAAAAUAAACAAAAUAAUUUUAAUGAAAUACAGAAAAAUAAACUUGUUGGGUGUCGAAAAAUUGCUCUAAAUGAUUUUCACGUUGAGAAUCAAAUCUUGCAAAAUGCUGGAGUGGAGUAUUUAAAAAAUAUGGAAGGCAAAGCUGCAUUCUAUCGUUUAAAAAGUAGAAAAAGUAUAAUUACAGAAGUUGUUGCUAAAUGGGAUAUAACUAUUCCCUUUUCUAUGAUUCGAUUAGAGGAGCAAUUUAAACAGCUUGAUUGUGCAAUAUCGUCAAUUGGUAACAAAUACGAAAAAUGCAUAAAUUCUUAUAAGACAUAUAUAUUCAGAUAUGUCUGUAGAUUACGAUAUAAAUUGAAAAAAUUGCGAAAACUAGAGGAUAUGAGUGAAACGAUAGAUGAAAUUGGCAGUAAAAUAGCUGAAGAAAUUUAUAAUUCCGAGAAAUUACGGAUAGAAAAUUUUCUAGCGAAAUUGGAUAAUACUAACGAUUUGAUUUUAAAAAAUAUAAGAUAUAAAGUCAAAGGGAUAUUUAAAAUAUUUAACGAUUUCGGCUCUCCGUGGGAUAUUCAAUUAGCUAGUUUUGCAAAACUACAGAACGCCGUAAUGAAACAGUUGGGAAAUAGGGCUGAAAAAGGUCUUCAGUAUCAUCUGAAUUUGCAAGAAAAUAUUGAUGCGGAAAUAAAAAAUUUAAGAGAAGGAAAUAGCAUUGAAAUAUUAGACAAGAUACUGGUUCAAGUAUUUGCGAUCUUAGAUCGAAAAAAUAAAAGAUUUAAUUCUGAUUACGAAGAGGAUUGUCGUAUAAUCAAAAAAUGUAAGAACACGCUUAAAACCGAAGUAUUAUCUAUGAAAAAUAAAAUUGAUAAAUUUCUUGAAAUAAAUAUGCCCACGGAAUAUGCUGAAAGUCUUGAAUCUUCGUAUGAAUCUGAUAACGAUUGUUCGGACAUUAUAAACGUGGAAGAUAUUAUAUUCCAGGAGCUGGAAUUGAUUGAGAGACAAACCGAUUCUCUUGAUACGUGGAAAUCGAAUUUUUUAAUUAAUAUGUCGUCGUAUCAGUCUUGGCUCGAGAAAGACACGAUGAGUAUUGUAGAAACUUGGGUGAAUGAAUUACUAUUCGAAGCUGCUCGAAGUUUGGAAAAUAAUUUAAAGUCUGUAGAAAAAUCGCGCAACAACAUUUGCAAAACAGUCUACGAUAUACGUGCAAAGGAAUUAUUAGAGCAUCAAAAUAAAUUAGAGCUGCAUAAAAAGGUUGGACAUUUUGGACAGAUUGUAAAUAUGAUUACAGGAUUGAUAGAAGAAUCGGCCAAAUGCGCCGAUACUUUCUUGAAUUUUACCGACAUAAUCGACACUUAUAAAUCAAUGUCUUCGCAAAUGCUGAAAGAAGACGGCACAAAAAUAAAAACGAGCGGUCAAGUGACGUCCUUAAUAAAUAUGGUUUGUUAUAAACAAGUCAUAAUCUUUUUGACAAAGUUGAAAGAAGAGCACAAAAAUAGCAUUACUUUAAAGAUCACUUGCACUUCAGAACGCAUGAUGAAAAAAACUUCUUUAAUGACAAAUUAUAACGAAUCUUUCCUCAGUCGAAUUCUACUUUUUGAAUUGGGUGGGAAUUUUACUAUCGAAGAAUUAAAUUUGGCAAAAAAAGAAAUUAGUCAAUUAUUUAAAGAUAUUCAGAAAGAUAAAUCUGAAAACUGCAUAAGAAUAAAAAAAGUUACGGAUGGAACGAAUUGUGAAAUACAGAAUAUCGAAAAAUCCGUCUUGGAUAGUUUAAAUAUUACAAUGGGAAAGCUAAAAGUCAAAGAGGAUAUCAUGAAUGCCACGAAAAAGUGUGAAUAUUUUGUUGAAUUAAAAGUAAAAUAUCUGAAAGAAUUGAAUGAUACAACAAUGAACGAAGUUAUUGAUUUCAUAGAAAAAUGUCAAAAUAAAUUAUCAUUGAAUGAAUUGAUUAAAACAUUAAAUAAAUUAAUACAGAGCCUGCAGAAUUUACCAGAAGAUAUUAGAAGUAGUAAGGACAAUUUAAAGAAUAACACAAAAAAUGAAACACAAUUGAAACUGUCUACAAAUGAAAAAAAUUGCUUUACAAAUAGCGAACAGAAUUAUAAUUCAAAUAAUUAUGCUGCCGUUGUAAAAUUCAUUCAAGAUGCUUUAUCUAUUAUUAUUGACAGAGGAACGGUAAUUGAACAGUCAUCAUUCCCUGAUAAAAAUAUAUUGUGUGAAAAUUGUAUACACGAUUCACUCCAACGAAUACAUGUCAUAUACUCGACUGUUUGUAAUUAUUGGAUUGAAGAAACAAGUAGUAAAUUAUUUCAUAAAUUUCAUUUUUAUGUGUAA